AGUUAAGCGGAAGGGACUCAGGUGGCAGCAUGGCGGCGGUUGUGGUGUGCGGCGCGCGGCGGCUAGCCGGGCGCGCGGCUUUUCUCUUGUCAGGGGCUUCGCGGCGAUCUACUCAGCUGCUUUGCACAGUGACCCAGGAGAAAAGUACUGGACCAAAUUUGGAAGAAGAACAAAGCCAGGGCCACAAUGAACAAAAACCCGAUUCUUGCUCUGAUGCAAAUAUAUUAACAGAGGAAAAGACUAAACUGGAACAGCAAUUAAAGGAAAUAACUGAUAAAUAUAAACGUGCUCUGGCAGAUGCAGAAAAUCUGCGGCAGAGAACUCAGAAACUGGUAGAAGAAGCAAAGUUAUAUGGAAUUCAGAGUUUCUGCAAGGACUUACUGGAAGUUGCUGAUGUUUUGGAAAAAGCAACCGAGUCUGUUCCCAAAGAAGAACUUAAAGAUGAAAACCCGCAUUUGAAAAAUCUUUAUGAAGGUCUUGCCAUGACUGAAGUUCAAAUACAGAAAGUGUUCAAAAAACAUGGAUUGGUGAAAUUGAAUCCUCUCGGAGCCAAAUUUGAUCCUUAUGAACAUGAAGCAUUAUUUCAGGUCCCCGCAGAAGGGAAAGAACCGGGCACUGUAGCUUUAGUAUCAAAGGUUGGCUAUAAAUUGCAUAGCCGUACUUUAAGGCCUGCAUUGGUAGCUGUUGUUAAAGAACAAUAGCAGUCUAAUCUGAAAAAAUUAAUAAGCAUCACAUAGAUACUAGUUAGAUUUCUUAAUAAUGCCCCAUUAUAUAGAGGUGAUUCACCAAAUGAGGUGGAAUACAGAGAAAAAUGAUGGAUGAUAAAGCAAUGUAAAAAUGUUUUUAAAUGAAUGUAUAUAAUGUGGAGAGAAUGCAAACUGCUAACAUAAAUUACAUCAUCAAAUUAUACAUAGUACCUUUUCAUUAACUCAAGUCCUCAAGGAUAAUCUACCUAAUAACUGAGCAACAAGAAGAACGCCAUAUAGGUUAUUUCCGCAUUGAAAUAUUUUGAACUGUUGGUGUUAUGUUGUUUUUGCUUCUAUUCAAGCCCUAUUCUUGAGAUGAGAUGGAGCUUUGAUGGAACAAAAGAAGGUGGUGGCAAGAUAUACAUGCACAACCGAUAAUGGCAUCAUCCUAUGUGUGUAGUGAGAUUACUGGAAACCAUUCCUUGUUGAUGCCACUUAGCAUUUCUGACUGACAUGCACCUAAGCUAAAUAUGAAUGCCUUUAAAAUUGACUUUUGCUGAAGUGGAUCAGCUUUCCUAUUAGAUUUCAGUCUUUCUGUAAUAGCACAACAGGUUGUCUUUUCUUUCCUCCUUUGUCUUUCAUUCAUGUCCUCUCACUACAAUCUUUUCACUCAGUUUCCUUCCCAAUGCAGUUGAUAUUUCCCAAUGAAAUUACCAUGCCCCGUUUCUUUUCUAUUUUUUCUGAAGGGUGUGAAAUGUCAUGGACAUUUCUUUGUAUUAAUGGUCUGUAUGUAAGUAGUUGGUAUAUGCAGAGGGGAAUCAGUUUUUAACUGUAGUGUCUUAUCUUGCAUUUAAGUUUGACAAUGACAGUAAUGAAAGUUCAUUAUAGUUGGUAUAUUGUUCAUAUAAAUCGGAAUGAGAGAUCACAUGAUAAAAGUCACAAAAUGAGGUUUCAUCAGAAGCAUGAAAAGAGGUACCUCCUACAGGAACAGUGGUAUUUGUACUUCUCUUACUUCAUUAAUAAGAAAGUAUUAAAUAGAACUGUAAUUUGUGACUUGUA